AUGGAAGGAACGCACCACACUGUGAAGAAAUCCAGAAUAGCCAUGUUUACGGAUGCCCGGCAAAUAUCGAAGGAGGAGGGGGAUAGACUUCGGACUAACGAAUCGCCGUCCUCAGAAGUCACAACAGAUCCAUUAUCUGCGAAAGAUAAAUAUCCCUCAUUAACAACGCUGUGUGAUAAACUAGACUCAUGUGAGUUGUCCGACCUUCAAUCUAAUGGGCACCAAGAUUUAAUUAAUGUCAAUAAUUUACUUCAACGAACUACACAACAGGACAUCGUGUGUUAUACGGAAGAAAUGUUUGCAAAAGACGAUGACGGCGAUACGCCUUUGCACCUUGCAAUUAUUAUGGAAAAGCUGUGGUUGGAUUUCGAUAUCGCAAACUAUGACGGUUUGACAUGUCUUCAUCUGGCAGUCAUGAAUAAGCACAUGGAUAUACUGCAACUCCUCAUCGAACGCGACGUAGACUUGAACAUGAUCGAGCGGAAAGCAGGUAGAACUGUUCUUCACAUGGCGUGUAUAAGAGGUGACGUCAAACUGGUGCGUAUGUUCAUGCAUGUUAGGACAUGUAAUAUGGACGCACGAACGUACAGCGGAUACACGCCCCUGGACCUUGCCCGGGACUACAACCAGGACGGGGUAUACACGAUCUUGGCGGCUGCAGGCUCAAAGCAUAGCGCAGAAUCUGUGGACAUAACAGGAACCGACGGCAGUUUAGGAAACCAGAACGACCACGGUCAUAACGACAGCUGUCCACAGAGAUCCGAUAUGGAGGAGGGUGUUAGAUAUCACACUAAAAGAAAGUACAGGCGUACGUUCUCUGUUGCUUUUCUUAUUCCCGAGGACGUGGGCUUCCUUAGGACAGACGAAUCCCCGACAAGGGAGGUGUCGACCAAUAUGUUCUUUUCGACGGACAAAUAUCCCUCCUUGACCACACUGUGUGAAGAACUUGACUCAUGCGACCUGUCUGAUCUACAAUUUAGUGGACAACAAGAAUCAAACAGUAUUCACAUUAACAAUUCAAGUUAUGCACAGGGUGUAGCCUGUAAUAGUGAAGAAUUGUUUGUAAAAGACAAGGAUGGCGAUACGGCUUUGCAUCUUGCAAUCAUUUUGGAUAACCUUGUGUUGAAAAUUCCGCAGGAUUUUGAUAUCGCAAACUAUGACGGUUUGACCUGUCUUCAUCUUGCGGUCAUUAAUAGGCACAUGGACAUAUUGCAACUCCUCAUCGAACGCGACGUAGACUUGAACAUGAUCGAGCGAAAAGCGGGUAGAACUGUUCUUCACAUGGCGUGUAUUAGCGGUGACGUCAAACUGGUGCGGACGUUAAUGAGUGUUCGGGCAUGCAAUAUGGACGCUCGGACGCACAGCGGGUACACGCCCUUGGACCUGGCCCUUUGCUAUAACCAGGACGGGGUAUACACGAUCCUUGCGGCUGCAGGCGCGAAACCGGCCUGCAACAUGGAAGGAACGCACCACACUGUGAAAAAAUCCAGAUUAGCCAUGUUGACGGAUGCCUGUCAGAAAUCGAAGGAGGAGGGGCAUUGCCUUCGGACAGACGAAUCGCCGUCCUCAGAAGUCACAACAGACCCAUUCUCUGCGAACGAUAAAUAUCCCUCGAUGACAACGCUGUGUGAUAAACUGGAAUCAUGUGACUUGUCCGACGUUCAAUCUAAUGGACACCAAGAUUUGAAUAGUGUUAAUGUCAAUAAUUUACUUCAACGGACUACACAACAGGACAUCUUGUGUAAUACGGAAGAAAUGUUUGAAAAAGACGAUGACGGCGAUACGCCUUUGCACCUUGCAAUUAUUAUGGAAAAGCUGUGGUUGGCUAGUAUAUUUAUCAAAAUGGCCCCAGCGCAUAAGUUUCUGUCCAUACGAAACAAACUCUUUCAAACGCCGCUCCAUUUGGCGGUCAUUAUGCGAAAGAUGGACAUCGUGCGGCAGCUGGUGUGCGCAGGCGCAGACGUCACGGCAGUUGAUAAGAACGGAAAUACGCCGCUUCAUAUAGCUUGCCGUGAUGGGUUUAAUGAAAUUGCUCAUCAUUUGUUAGAGCCAGUACGAUAUAGCGAAAUCAAAUGCAAUCCGUACGAUAUACCGUAUCAGAAAAUUCCACAGGAUUUCGAUAUCGCGAACUAUGACGGUUUGACCUGUCUACACCUGGCAGUCACGAAUAGACACGUGGACAUAUUACAACUCCUCAUCGAACGCGACGUAGACUUGAACAUGAUCGAGCGGAAAGCGGGCAGAACUGUUUUCCACAUGGCGUGUAUUAGCGGUGACGUCAAACUGGUGCGGACGUUAAUGAGUGUUAGAGCGUGUAAUAUAGACGCGCGGACGUACAGCGGGUACACGCCCCUUGACCUAGCCCGAGACUAUAACCAGGACGGGGUAUACACGAUCCUUGCGGCUGCAGGCGCAAAGCAUAGCGCAGAAUCUGUGGACAGUGACUCAAAAUACUGGAGACGUUCUACGAAAAGCAACCAACCACAUUUGAACUGCAAUAUGGAAGGAACGCACCACAAUGUCAAGAAAUCCAGAUUAGCCAUGCCAACGCAUGCCCGGCAAAUAUCAGAGGAGGAGGAGUAUUGCCUUCGGGCAGACGAAUCACCGUCAUCAGAAGUAACAACUGAUCCAUACUCAGCGACGGACAAAUAUCCAACGGUGACAACGCUGUCUGAUGAACUAGACUCAUGUAACUUGUCCGACCUUCAAGCUAAUGGACAACAAUAUGUUAAUAGUGUGAAUGUCAAUAAUGUACUUCAACAGGACAUCGUGCGUAAUACUGCAGAAAUGUUUAAAAAAGACGAUGACGGCGAUACGCCUUUGCAUCUUGCAAUUAUUUUGGACAAGCUGUGGUUGAUUACUAUAAUUAUCAAAAUGGCCCCAGCGUGUACGUUUCUGUCCAUACGAAACAAACUCUUUCAAACGCCGCUACAUUUGGCGGUUAUAAUGCGCAAAAUGAACAUCGCGCGGCAGCUGGUGUGCACAGGCGCAGACGUCACGGCAGUCGAUAGGAACGGAAAUACGCCGCUUCAUAUAGCUUUUCGUGAUGGUUUGUACGAAAUUGCUCGUUGUUUGUUAGAGCCAGUGCGAAACCGCGAAAUCCAAUGCCAUUCUUUCGAUAUACCUUAUCAAAACAUUCCACAGGAUUUCGAUAUCGCGAACUAUGAUGGUUUGACCUGUCUUCAUCUUGCAGUCAUAAAUAGACACGUGGACAUAUUACAACUCCUCAUCGAACGCGACGUAGACUUAAACAUAAUUGAGAGGAAAGCGGGUAGAACUGUUUUUUACAUGGCGUGUAUUAGCGGUAACGUCAAACUGGUGCGGACGUUAAUGAGUGUUAGAUCGUGCAAUAUAGACGCACGGACGUACAGCGGGUACACGCCCCUUGACCUUGCGCGUGACCAUCACCAGGACGGGGUAUACACGAUCCUUGCGGCUGCAGGCGCGAAACAUGGCACCGAAUCUGUGGACAGUGACACAGAUUGAAGUAUCAAUAUGUUUCUGUUAACGUUAGUUUAUCUUUUUGUUGAAUUCACAUUUACCUCAUUUCGUUUUACAUAUCCCUUGAAUAGGGUUCCAUAUAAACUAAUUCUGCACUCGGUUUCUUACAUGUAUAUAUGUUCUAGUCAUACUUACAGUUUAACUGUAAACUGUGCCCUUGGUCCAACGCGUUAUUAGUAAAACAUACACUUUAUUAAGUACUCCAAACGGAUCAGUUGCUAUUGACAAGUGAUGGUUGUACUCAGGUCGUCCGGAGAUAGGCUAGAUACCACGUGACGAUUGAUCUUGAAUAUACAUGUAUAUUUCUGUCCCAGAUGUCAUGUUGUAUUGUUAACAUCAUAUUUCAAUUGUUGUCUUUAAUUAAUGUCAAUCUAUUCAUGUUGUUUUUGCAUGAAACAUGUUGCAAAUGGUAUGCAUAUUUAAUGUAGUCAAUGGUUAUUACUGCAUGGUUCACGUUGUUAAGUAUAUCUUUUUUGUAUUCAUGUAGCCAAUUUUAUUUUUAUAAGGAGGUCUUUGUUCAUUUAUAUACGAUUUCAAAUCAUUGUUUUGUAUUUUCAACCUAAUUAUCAGUAUUAUAUCGCAUUAUAUCAAUCUCAGUCCUAGCAAACAUGUUCAUAUGACUUGUUGUUUGUUAGUAUAAAAUAGAUGGCUGCCCCAUAAAUUCCGCGGUUGUUCGUGCUAUUUGGGAAUGGGACGUUAUUGUAUAAUUGUCUUAGUAUAAAUCCGUCGUUUGAAUAUAUUUUGGUGUUUUACAAUGAACAUGAAAAAGUAAAUGUAAUUAUGUUCAUAUGUAUACUUUACAUACAAUGCAUGUGUGUAUUUCAUAAAGCAUUUGUCUGUUAUUGUGUAAUUUUAUCGGAAUUUCAAGUGUUCAUCGGUACUAUUCGAAGCUUUCAUUCGUGUAAUUACUAUUAUAUUCUAUUUUUCUAUGUACAAUGACUAAUACA